UUCUGUUUGCCAUAUCGAGCCCUGUGUUCUGUGUGAUCCAAGGUCCAGAGAUCAUAAACAUUUGAGCUCCAGUAAGUGAUCGACCUCCCUGAAUGUGUAGAAUAAAAGAUGGCGUCCUCAAGACUGGCUCUCCGUUUGGCUGCGUGUUUGCUGAAUAUUUCUGAAGCCAGGAACCAAUGCAUUGUAGAAAAGGUGGCACAGGCAGCCGUUGGUAAUAAGCAAGGUCAGAUGGAAACUCAAGCAACUGUGCUUAACAUUUUUUCAGAUUAUGAUUAUAACAGAUCAGUCCUGACAAUCGUGGCUCCCAUUGAGACAUUAGGGUGUGCCAUUGUUGCAGCGUGUACUGAAGCCUACAAGCUCAUUGACAUGGAAAAGCACAGUGGCAUUCACCCGUGCCUUGGGGCUGUGGAUCUGGUCCCCAUCUACCCUCUCUCUGAAUCUGUUGGCUUGGGGGAGUGCGCCAAGGUGGCUCACGGUGUUGCCGAGAGGUUAACCCACGCUGUACCAGAGUGCAGCAUGUUUUAUUUCGGAUAUGCCGAUCAGCCUCUCAAACGGAGUCUUGUCCAGCGCAGGAAAGAGUCCGGGUGGUUCAGGAAGAGCAGCUCGAACAUGGAUGGAAUAAAACCAGAUGUAGGAACUGUGAUUUCUCCAAGAUACGGUUUAACAGGGAUUGGUGCCUCUGCUUAUGUCAUGAACUGUAAUGUGACAAUAAACACCCAGGACCUCGCAAUCGGGCAGCGGAUUGCCAGAGCCAUCCGUGGAGCAAGCGUGGGUGGUCUUCAGGGUAUCCAGGCUAUGGCCUUUCCCCAUGGAGGGAGGGUGGAAAUAGCUUGCAAUGUGGAGAGCCUUAAAGAAAAGGAGCAUUCGUUGCUGGCAACACACGAGCGGGAAAGCAGGAGUCAUGUUUCCUAUCGGAUUCAAGGGGAAAGUUAUCAGUACGUAUCUCCCAGUACUAUCGAGAGACAGAUUAAAAAGAUGGCUGACAGCCAGGGAGUCACAACAGUUGGUACAGCAUUAGUAGGCUUCACGCCUGAGCGCUGCAAAAGCUUGGCAGAACAGGCUAUACUUCAAGGGACUGGCAUGUUCUGGAAAGAACACAAGAUGCGUAAAAUGUGAAGGAAGCAUGGGUGUGUGAUUAAUGUUAAUAAGCAAUCAUGUUUAAAAUAACCAUGUGUCCUGAACAGCAGUAUCCUAGCCACUCAGGUAUGAGUGUUUUGAGUAUUACCAUCAAAUUUCGAGAAUCACUGACCUGCUUUUGACAAGCGGGUAUGAAAUGGAAUGGAUUCUCGCACGUGUACAGCAAUUGAUCAGGCAGGAUGUCCCACAGAGUGAAAGAGAGGUUAGUUCCUCUGCCAGGCCACAGAGAGGUGUAAGAGAAUAGUCCAGGGUGACUGACCCUCCACUUGGUGCUUAGUCAGGCAUAUUGGGAAGGAGUUUGCAAACUGUGGCUUUUGGGUAUCAGUGCGCUAUGCUGUUGGAGCAGUGAAGAAUUCUUUUAACAUUUUAAAGUAACUUGUAACUGAGACGAUCAUCUAUCCUUGUCAAAUUGUUCACCCUGGAAUUUCAAACUGAUGUGAAAGAAAAGUUACCGGUACCUGCGGACAAAUGCUGCAUUCACAUUGUUUAAUUGUAGGACUGUCACAGGCUAGUACAAUAAGAGUGGCUGUGAUUUUCAAAGCAUCAAUUCAUCGCCUUGUUAACCUAUUCUGUGGAUCUGAGCACCUGUCAUUGCUUUGACAGAUAGAGUCACUUGGGACAAAUGUUUGUUUCCUUCCAACGUGCAAAUUCGUAUUAAUACCUUUCUCCCUUCCAUUAUUAUUGUGCAGAAGAACUCAUCAAGAUUGUCAUUAGGACACAGGACUACUUUAUGUCAUUAGAUUGGACAAUUAAGCCAUCAGCUGUAGGUUCUAGACACAGCACUGUGCAAAUUAUGCAUUUCUGAUACCACCAGAAAAGAAGUCACGCAAGCUGCUUAAUUGUUGAAUAGUCAAAGUUAAGAGGUAGAUAUUGUAGAAAGAAAUGUGGAUUAAUAAACACCCUUUGCCUUAUUCUUCUGUUAAUAACCUGUCUAUUCUUCUGUUGUUCACCUUCAAAUAUACAUUCAAUAUACUGUACCUUUAAAUUCCUGCAAAGCAUUUUGAGACAUUUUAAUGACACAAUGAAGCACUAUAUUAAAUGCAAGGCUUAUUAUUAUUAUUAUUAUUAUAUUCUGUUGGAUAGCGGUUCUGACUUCAUACUUCAUUGUGACUUGCAGGGAGCAGUGAAAUCUUUAUUUUAUUCUCCAUUACUUUCCAUGAAAAAAAAUCACCCAAUUAAUUGAACGUACUUAUGUUAUUUGCAGACCUGGACCUUUCAGUUCAAUCCUACCUGAUUAUUUCUGUAUUUCCUGCUCUAACAAUCCAAAUAGAAAUAAAGCAAACGAAAAAUGUA